GAUAAUUACUCGUGAUCCACGGUGGCAGAUUAGCGGGUAGAAAUGGCUUCCACUAACCUCUUCAAAGACGUUCCUCUCGUCCCCACAGACCAUGUCUUCCAUGUCAUGGCCUGCUAUAACAAAGAUAAGGACCCAAGCAAGAUUAACUUGGGCGUUGGAGCAUAUCGCGAUAAUGACGGCAAACCUUGGGUGCUGCCCGUUGUCUCAAAGGUGGAGACUCAACUUGCACAAGGAAUCGCUGAUGGAACCCUGAACCACGAAUAUCUAGGCAUUGACGGACUUAGACAGUUCUCCGAUAUCGCCUGCAAACUGCUCUUAGGCGGCGAUCACCCGGCCAUUGCACAGAACAGGGUUUGUGGUAUCCAGUCUAUUUCUGGAACAGGAAGUGUUUUCCUGGGUCUUAAGUUCCUGUAUCAGUUUUAUAACUGCAAGACUGCCUACAUUUCUAAACCGACUUGGGGAAACCAUUUAAAAACCCUGAAAGCUGUUGGCUUCACCGACAUCAGGGAGUACCGCUACUACAAAGCAGAGACGUGCUCUGUUGACUUUGAUGCCAUGUGGGAAGAUCUGGAGAAAGCUCCAGAGGGUUCUAUUAUCGUGCUUCAUGAGUGUGCUCAUAAUCCUACAGGCGUCGACUUGUCACAUGACCAGUGGGUCAAGAUUGCUGACAUCAUGAAGAAGAGGCAGCUAUUCCCAUAUUUUGACACGGCCUACCAGGGAUUUGCAUCCGGUGACGUUGAUGAGGAUGCCUGGGCUGUCCGCUACUUUGCUUCACAGGGAUUUGAGCUAAUUGCAGCCCAGUCAUUUGCCAAGAACUUUGGUCUCUAUAAUGAAAGGGCUGGGAAUGUUUGUGUUGUGACAUCUGAUGAUGACUGUGCUGAGCGUAUUCGGAGCCAGAUGAAGGCGCUUAUCAGGCCCAUGUGGUCCAACCCACCUAACCAUGGUGCCCGCAUCGUGGCCACCAUCCUGUGUAAUGACACCUUGCAAGCCGAAUGGCGCGAGUGCGUGCACACAAUGGGUCAGCGGAUGCUGCAGAUGAGACAGGCCCUCUUUUCCAAACUCAAGGAACUCGGUACCCCUGGCACUUGGAAUCACGUGAUUGACCAGCGUGGCAUGUUCAGCUUUACUGGACUUAACCUGAAACAAGUGAGGCGUUUAACAGAGAAGCACCACAUCUACCUCCUUGAUAGUGGUCGCAUCAACAUCUGCGGCCUGACCCCUGCUAACGUGGAGUAUGUUGCGCGCGCCAUCCAUGACGUGGUCACCCACAAGGAUGAGGUGUGAGCCUGCUAGUACAGGACAUGCCCAACGGAACACCCCCUUUAACAACACGCGGUUGGAAAUCGCCCUCAUUCUGUGGGGGGACUGGCAUCUCUUGUUUGUUGGCCUGCAAAAGGUAGUUCAGAUAAAAGGAUAUGGAAAACUUGAUGUUUAACUUUCAGAAUAAGUGUGACAUUGUCUUGCAUCAAAUUGUUCUCCAUGUGUUUGUGAGAGGUAUAUUAUUUGAGUUUGCACACAGCGCAAGCUUGAUCAUCGGUCAUUCUUAGCAGCCUGUGUAACAAGCGUUCCUGUUUGUUUGAUUAUUUUUUCCUUGUGAUAAGGACGCGAAUGCUUGUGACGAAGGCUGCAUUUUUUGUUAUUGUAGUGACGCCAUCUUGAUGACGUCAUUCCGCUGUUAAUCAAGACUAGAUAAAAUAUAAUAUGUUAUGAGGAUUCUUAUUAAAGUAUGAAAUAUGUGUUGAGUGAACAUGGUGCAAUUUUCUGCGACGUACAAUGUCUAUCGACUCCUUUGAUUUUUUAUCUAGUAAUACUGUUGUUAACAUGGCAUAAUUGAAAUAAAAACUUCUUCUGUCUGUUUUA